CAUGGGCAACACACAACACAUCGGAGCCCCUCCAUUGUGACUACAAAAUCCGCCUCCAGUCCAGUUUCCUGCAUUCGAGUAAACUCGUCUGCCGCGGACUUUGCAGCGUUAUACGCAGGAUACAGUUUACCGUGGAACGUACGCAUUCUUACCAGUGCCGCAAAAAGGUGAAUCUGUAUAUUUAAUCCAUACACUUGCUUCUCUCUCCGUGAUAUGCGCAUGACAUCAUAACUUGACAAGGCGCAGCUGAGGUGUGUCCGAAUCUGCUCAGGUGAAAAAUGCAAACCACGGUGGCGCUGACACUCAAGAAUUUGCUCGUAUAAGAACAGCUGCAGCUUAGGAUCUGUGCUACCCGCUGCUUUAGCAUAUGUUUGUGCAAUGGUUUCAAUAUGUUUGUGUCCAUCAGGAAGUGAAUUUGUUAAUUGUUUGAAGUCCCCAACAGUUGAAAUAGAUUCGGGAACUAAUUUCGGAUUUUCAAUGCUUGAUUCUAACAAGUUAUCGAUGGAAUCGUUAGUGACACAAACGGAGCAAUGGCAAGUGAAUCCGCGUCCUGCCAAGAAUUUCUUUCGCUCUUCUCUAGUGUAGUUGAAAAAUGAUACACCAUAGUUAUCACAGAUUUCUUCUCCUUUCCUAAUACCAGCACUGACAAAGAUUAGUUUGUCGCCAUAGAAAAAACUAUUAAGGUUUGCCCUACAAGAGUGGUUGAACCAACUGGCUACUGGAAAUAGGCCAACGCCGGAUGGCGUGGAACUGUCAGAAGUUGCAUCCCCUGGUCGUCUUUCAAGACGGUCAACGAAGUAAAUUGAGUGUGCAUUCGUCAUCAAGCGAGAAGAAAUUAAGCGUAGGAGCGUCGUGAAGUAAUCUAAGCGACGCGUUUUCGGUACUAAGCUCCAUUGAGGAUGUUGGCUGUAAAAAGGAUAGAGAAUGUGGUGCAUCAGGUGAAACGAAUAGCCUGGUUUCACAAGUUAUUCGUUGAACUCAAAUCAAUGCGAAGAAAAACGAUGGGGAUGGAGCCAGUUAAAAUGAUAG